UUUAUGAUGUGUAUCUGUAAUUCUACAUUUUCAGGUUGUCCCCUUGUAUAAACUUUUUUCAAAGAUAAAUGGUCUGUUUGUAGUCGAUCCCUAAGGGCGUGAUUGAUAACAGGAAGGAAGUUUGAAAAAGAAGAAGGAACUUUAUCUAUGUUCAUGUUAAGUGUUCGAUAAAAAGGGGAAGAUAAUUGGAGAAUACUGUUGAAGUUCCCAAUCAGGAAGCUUUGGCAGUUCGCAUGAGAGAGAUGCAGAGGCCAACACUUCAUACUAAAAGUAGCAAAAGCCGGUUCUGUGAGGCCUCAUUGUCCUUCGUCCACGCUUCAUGGGCUCUCCUCUUCUUGUUCAUUUCAUGGGUGAGUAUCACCCAUGAAUAUCAAGCCUGAAGGUUUUGAGGACAAAACCAAUCCUCACUUGGUUUGCAAGUUGAAAAGGGAUUGUAUGGUUUGAAGUAAGCAUCUAGGUAAUGGUAUAAGAAUUUUGAUUGUUUUAUACUGGGUAAAGGUUAUACUAAAUGCAAAUUUUAUCAUUUUGUAUUCUUUAAGGGAUCAAUAUGUGGUUCUUUCACUGUUUUAUUACUUUAUGUUGAUUGCAAGCAAGAUUUGAAUGAAAUUAAGCAUUUGAAGCUUGAUAUAUCCAAGCAUUUUGCCACCAAGAAUCUUGAACCCAGCCAAGAAGAUAUUGGGCAUGCACAUCCAUAGAGAUAGAAAACAAGAGAUGCAAUGACUUUGAUGAUGACUCAUGAGUACCAUGUCUGCUUGCUUCCAUAUCUGAGAAUCCAAGAUGGGGAAAACUUUCAUCGACUAGAGGUAAAGGAAGAUUUCCAAACCAAUGGAUAUGAAAAGCUAUUUGGGCUUGUUCCUGAUAUGCAAGCCCCAGAUCAGUGCAUGCAAUCUGAUUCCAAAGGAAAACUGCAGCUUGAUAAACCAGAAGAUCCGGAUUUUGAUAAGUACAAGCAACAGAGGAUCGAAAAGGCAACCAAUUCCAUUCAUUUUGGUCUGGACGAGUUCAAAAGCAAGGCGAUCCAAAAAACAGGUGAAGCAGUGAGUGGGCAACUUGGGAGUAUCAUUCAUAGGCUUGAGCCUGAUGGUAGUGAGUAUAAUUAUGCAUGUUCUUUUAAGGGUGCAAAAGUCUUGUCAUAUAACAAGGAAGCUAAAGGAGCUGGAAAUAUUUUGAAUGGAGACAAAGAUAAGUACCUGAGGAACCCAUGUUCAGCAGAAGAAAAAAUUGUCAUUAUUGAGCUAUCUGAGGAGACUUUAGUCGAUUCCUUUGAAAUAGCAAAUUUUGAGCACUACUCCUCUAACCUCAAGGAUUUUGAACUGUUGGGAAGUCUAAUUUAUCCCACAGAGACAUGGACAACUCUUGGGAAAUGUGUCGCACAGAAUGUCAAGCAUGUCCAGAGGUUCAUGCUUCCUGAACCUAAAUGGGUGAGAUACUUGAAGUUCAACUUGCUCAGCCAUUACGGGACUGAAUUCUACUGCACUCUUAGUGUUGUACAGGUUUAUGGGGUUGAUGCCAUUGAGCGUAUGCUUGAAUUUUUUAUUCCAAAACCUGAUGAAGAGUCUAGCAAUCAGUUGCCCGGUUCCAAUCCUCUUGAAGUUCUCCCUAUUGGAUUAGAACUAGGCUCUGGCAACAAUAAUGAGAUGACUCAUCUUUUUGAUGGGGUUGAUCCUUCUGUUAAAGAGGCGUCUGCAAAUCAAGGUGAUAAUGAUGAUGGGUUGGUAUUAGAUGUGAAAAAUGAGGUUUCAAAAGGCAAUGUCCCCGAUCCAAUUAAAGAAAUAAGGCAGCAGCAAAGUGGGAGGAUACCUGGUGAUACUGUGAUUAAGAUUUUGAUGCAGAAAAUCAGGUUGUUAGAGUUAAAUCUAUCUGUUCUAGAGGGAUAUAUGGAAGAACAGAAUCGUAGAUAUGGGAAACUUUUCUCAGAUCUCGACAAGGAUACAUCUCGGGUUUCCUUGCACUUGGAGCAAAUGAGGAUGGAAAUUAAGGAUCUCCUCUUAUGGAAAGAGGUAGUGGAGAGAGAGGUGGGAGAGCUCAUAUCUUGGAAGUUUAUCAUUUCCUCGCAAAUGGAAGGUUUGAUUAAAGAUAAUGGCUUGCUCAGACUAGAGGUGGAAAAGGCUACGAGUGAUCAAAAGAUUAUGGAGAACAAAGAGCUUGCCAUAUUUGCCGUGAGUUCCAUUUUUGGUUGUGCAGUGUUUCUGAAGCUCUUCUUAGAUCAAUCUUUAAUGUUAUUUGGCUUUGGCAAGCCUGAGAAGAGAUCCCAUACCUUUAGACCCUGGUUCCUGACAGUAUUGUACAGCUGUAUAAUAGCCUUGAUUGUUUUACUAUGACCUUAAGUACCAAAAUUUUGCCAUUAUUUUUUCACUAUUUUGUUUAUAUUCAUACACUUCUUGCUUUUGAAAGAUUAUUAAUAAUUGUCUAUAACAUUCGGGGAACAGCAAUCCUGUAUGUUCAUUU